UGAAACAAUCAUGAACAUGAUUGUUCCAAAAUAAUCUCAGCAACAAUUUUUUACAAAAUUCUCAAAAUUUUCAGCCUAUUCUUCGUGAGAAAAGUCCUUCAUCCCCGCAGUGACUAUCAUCCAAGAUUUGUGUGGCAACCUCUGCCUCCCUAUAAUGGAACCAAGACGCUCUUCUCGUGCCGCCUCGGCCAAGCCUGCCUCCAAGGUUGCGCCUAAACCGGCCCCCAAAAAAGCUACAUCCGAGAAACCACCAUCUCGUCCUUCUCGUACUGCUGCUAGCAAAAAGAGAGCGGCAUCCCCUGAGCGCGAUCCCUCACCUCCGCCCAAAAGAGCUAAAGGUGAAGAGCAGAAUAUUGCUCCCACUAAAGCGAAACCCAACUCCAAAGCUGCAGGAAAAUCUGCCGCUGAGAACCCAAAACGAUCUCGCACAAAACUCGCUCCGAUAGCUGAGAAAGAGACCCCUGCAUCGGAGCCGAAACCACCAAAACCUGCUCAUGUUCAGGUGAAGCCGUAUCUCAACCCUCUGCCAUCUCCUCCCGAGCAGGUCCGACCCGGGUUACAGCUGUUUGUUUGGGGCGCAGGUAAUUUCGGUCAGUUUGGACUAGGCCCCGACGCUUUGGAUGAAUUCGAUAAGCCCAAGAAGCAUAGCUGGGCCGAAGAGCAAAUACAAGAUGGCACAUUUGGGGAGGAAGGCGCAGGCUUGGAAGAAAUUGCAGGGGGUGGUAUGCACAGUCUAUUUAUCGACGAAAAGGGAACAAUAUGGUCUUGUGGUCUAAACGAUGAUGCUGCUUUGGGACGGAUAACACAAAAUGUUCCCGAUCCCAAAAACCCUGGCUCUUUCCUCGACGUUGACGAGCUUACUAGCGUACCACAUCCACUUCAAACUCUCGUAGACGAAGGUUUCCGGGCGGUCAAAGUCGCCACAGGCGAUAGCAUAUGUGCUGCUGUGAAUGAUAAAGGCGAGCUCAGGGUAUGGGGUUCUUUCCGGGUCAACGAAGGAUCGCUUGGCUUCGCAAAUGGUUUGAAGCACCAAUUCAUCCCUGUCCCGAUUUUGAACGACUCGUUGAGUCAUCGACCGGGCGACGUCGAAAAGGUCUCUGAUAUCACCGCUGGUGUCAACCAUCUACUCGUCCUAACGACUCACGGCAACAUCUACACGUGGGGCGCAGGCGAACAAGCUCAGCUCGGACGAAAGGUUCUAGAACGUCGAAAGAUUCAUGGCACAGUACCGGAAAAAGUUAGCCUAGGAAGCCGUACGCGGAAAGCCAAGGUAAUUGGAGCCGGCAGCUUCCAUUCUUUCGCUGUUGAUGAUAAGGGAGAUGUUUGGGGCUGGGGAUUGAACACCAUGGGGCAAGCCGGGACUGGUUAUGCCACUGAAGAUGACUCGCAAGUCCAGCUUCCAACGAAAGUGGAAGGCUUGAGCAAGGAGGCUUUGGAGGGAGAUUCAGUGGUCCAAAUUUCUGGGGGAGAACAUCAUUCGCUGUUCUUGACCCAAUCCGGCAAAGUGUUCGCUGUCGGGCGCUGCAAUGCUGGACAAAUCGGUCUUGCGGAUGAUGACCCCGCUCUCGAGGAUCGAGCUGAUCCUGAUUUUGUGGCGGACCCGGUGCAAGUCAAGUUCCCGGAUGACGAUGAUCCGAUCGUCCGCAUCUCGGUCGGCACACAUAAUAAUCUUGCAGUCUCUAAGGAUGGUGCUUUAUACUGCUGGGGACAGGGUACACAGGGCGAACUUGGUGUAUCUGAUGUUGAGGUCAGGACUCCGCGGAUGAUCGUGCGCAGAGAAGGAGGUUCAUGGGCAGCUAUCAAAGUGGCGUGCGGUGGUCAACACACCCUCGGGCUGUUCAGGAAAAAAUAGACGUUAACCGGGUUUUCUUUCUAUUUCUCAAUUCCUCUCCGUCUGGUUCUUUCACCUCCACAAUUUGAAAACUUAAGGGUAUCGGAUGUA